UAAUUUUUGUCACUUUUGUUUACAGCUGCAACAGCUCUUACUACUCGCACGGCAACUGUACAUUUCCAACUUCAAACGCCAGUGUCAAUACAUGAACAAUUGCAAAUGAUGAAUAAUACGAUAACAAUGACUGAAACGGGUCUUGUGAACACUACCAGGAACGUUGUAGAAUUCGAUGCCAUCUCAGACCCCACGUCCAAGGGUUUUCAGAUCGCCUACGACGCCGUUUGUCUGGUCGUCGCCGUAGUGUGCAACACGCUGGUCAUCUUUCUCGUCUGCAAGACGGAAUCUCUCCAUAAACCAAGACACUACCUGAGAUGUCAUCUAGCCGCCGUGGAGAUCGUCUUUGCCACAAUUUUGAUACCUUUUAACAUUGAGACAGUUGUGAAUGGACCACAUACCAUACCAUUUGCAUGCGAGCUACUAUAUGUCAUUGGCAACUUGUCAGGUAUCGCAAUAUUCGGUACAUACUUCUUGAUGGCCAUUGAUAUGUAUUAUUUCAUCUGUCACCCUUUACGGUAUAACACGCAGGUGUCUGUCCGAAAGGUAGCGUUAGGUAUGCUUGUGGUAGAUGUUUUAGCUAUAUCUAUAGGAAUUACACCUGUCGCUAUUGCUGGGGAGAUGAAAUCAUCGGGCAGCCUCCAGUGCGCCCCAGAGGCGAUAGACAGCGUCCAGGCAUCGGCGGUCAUCAGAAAUUUGGGAAUCGUCUUUCAAAUCAUUUUCGUAUUGAUAAUCUUUAUACUAUAUUACUUAGUGUUCAAAGAAGCCAGGCAGCAGCAAGAAAGAGAUGCGAAUCAACACUUGCGAAUUUAUCAGACGAGGGCCUUCAAAACCAUGGGUGGCCACGUUAUUAUUCUUCUUGUUUUCCUGUCGGCUACUAUAUUCCUGAUAGUUUCACGGCGGGCUGUCCUUGUACAUGAAGGGAAUCCAUCCGACGCGCAGCUCAUAGCUCACAAGGUCGCUGUGCAUCUCUUUCGAACCCUAUCACCAAUGGCGGACCCGUUGGUUCAUAGUCUUAGGGUGCCAGACUUUAGGAGGGCGCUCAAGCGGCUGUUCCAGCGAUCUCACCGGGUGGAUGUUGCAACAUCAUCCAGUUAUCAAGCGACAGGUGUUGCAUUUGUACACGCAAAGCCUACAUCUAGUUUUGUGGACAAGGACAGCCAAGUAGAAAUAAACAGCCGGCUAGAUGAAGAGAAAGAUGCCGUAACUGGUAACCCCGUGGUAUGCAUGUCCUUUUCAGAAGAUAGUGACUAGUCAUUGACAUCUUCACGUCACAGUCUAUGUUGGCUGUUCACUAAUAUGAUAUGUUAUCUUAUAUUCAGUCAAGCGUAGGCAAACUGAACUAUGUAAAGUUUUGUAGUCAGUUAUUGAGGUUAGAUAAUACUCUUUAUUCAAUGUUGAAACAAAGAAGACAAAUCACCUAUGUUUCGUAGAUGUAAAAUGAACAGAUGACCUUGUUCCUAUUGUCUAUUUUUUGUGUGCAGUAUAGAAGUGUUUAAACAACAAAUUUACGUAUAUUGAAGCAAGUUUUUGUAGUAAAGUAAUUUUAACAGAUACGUUGUUGGGCUCGAUUUCUUGGAAAUCUAUCUAAAGCUUUUCUGCUUCAGGUUUUCGGAUACCGUCUGAUUAUCUGGAUUAUUUUCAAGGUGAGUACUUUAUUUGGGCUCAGCUUGGAUAGAAUCAGCAUUUGCCAUAGCCGUAAGCUAUCUAAACAUAUGCAAAUGAAACAACCAUAAAGUAAAACAUGAAUCAAACAAAAGAUAGCAUAUCAGUGUGUACAUGAUGUUACCUAUUUUCCUCUAUGCUUCUCCAUCUUCCCUUUCCUUGCAGUGAUAAAAUCCUCCAGUUCAUUACUUAUAACUCAAAUUUACAGAAGAAACCACAAAGCGCUUCUAAGUUUAGUACUAUUUGAUUGCUCUACACCACGCUCCGCAUGUUGCUGAAAAUGGUGGAAAUUGACCAAAUAGACAGAUAAUAUACCAGAGGAGCUUGCUUGACUUCAAAGAAGAUGUCGACUCCUUGUGUCAGACCCCCUGUGUCACAAACUGUAGU